CCCGCGAGCAGCGCAGCACUGCUUUCCUCCAAUCAGACGUCUCAAGGCUGGCGCCACGUCUGCGGCCUGAUCCAAUCGCGUACCCAGAGGGCGGGAACCCGAAGUGGCUACCUGCACCUGUGGAGGCUGGUGGCGGCCUCCUGGGUCGCUACACACACACACACACACACACACACACACACACACACACACACCCGCACCCCUCUGCCGCUAGGUUCUGGUUUCUCCAAUUACUUGGCGCAGGACCAGCAGGUGGGCAGAUGUCUUUGCUCGUUCCUUCCCACGCGUAGGAAGGUUCAGUGCGCCCGAGAGAAUAGCCAUGGUCCCACCUCUCAGCGGCUCCCCAGAGGCGCUGGCAGGGGAGAGGGAAGCUUCUGAACCUGUGCGGCUGCUAACCGGGAAAGGCCGCCUGGGCUUUCUCCGGGGUCAGCGAAUCUGACAGUCCCUCGGACCGAGCCCAACGCGCGGCGAGCCCGGGCUGUCUCCGCAGAGCGCAGAAGUUGGAGGGGCCGAGGGAGAGCAGCGCCCGGUGUAGCUGCGCUGCGGACCUUGCGACUGCUACACUCGCAGCAACCUGACCUCUCCCAGACCGCGCCGAGGGACAGCGCCCCAGUGGCAGAGUGCCCAGAGCGCGGCCCCCGUGCUGCUCUCGGCCACUAGCGCAGUGCGGGCCCGAGGCGUCUCGGGAAGCCCAAGCAGUAUACAGAAAGCUGCCUCGGCUCACACCCCGCAGCCCGCGUGGGAGAAGCCCGAGAAGGAGUGCAGUGACGCUGCAGGACCACGGAAAAAAGGGCUCACCGAGGCCCAUACUCACACCGGGCUCCCGUCCCGGACCCCGGGCCUGGCCAUGGCCGACAGCGCUGGCACUGGCAACUCGGGCCCCUGGUGGAAAUCGCUAACCAACAGUAAGAAGAAAAGCAAGGACGCCCCGGUAGGGGUGCAGCCUCCGGCCCAGCCUGUCCCCGGGGAGCCCGCGCCUCCCAGCCCAGACUGGACCAGCAGCUCCCAAGAGAAUCAGCACCCCAAUGUCCUCGGGGGCCCCGGUGAGUCCCCCAAGUCAGACAAGUCGUGCGGAGAGAAAUCAGGCAACAGCCGCCGCAAUCUGAAGAUCUCGCGUUCUGGCCGCUUUAAGGAGAAGAGAAAAGUGCGCGCCACGCUGCUCCCGGAGGGAGACAGGUCCCCGGAGGAGGUGGAUUUCCCUGGUGACUCCUACGAGGACAAGCAGUAGCUUCCAGGACUCCCCUCCUGUCGCUUUCUCUCAACCCCAGUUCUAGCCCAUGUACUUGGUAUCUCACCCCAACAAAUUCAGAACAUUCACGUAAGGCCAAGAUUUUAUUUUUUCUUGAAAUUGAAGAGUCAAUUGAGUAUUCAAUAUUUUAUGACUCCAAGAUGCAUUAAAUAUUUAUUUGUGAUAAGAGAAGGAAGUUGGCUAGAUUGUUUUCCUCAAAGAGCUAUUCUGGAGCUUCACCCUUGUUCAUGUCCCUUGUGGGAGUAACAACAGUGGACAGGUCUUUCUAUCAGAGACAGUAGCUGAACUUGAAUUCUGCAGCCUCUCAAAUGAGGAAGGUGUGCUCUUCUUGAGGACUCAGAAGGGCAAAUCACAGUACUGUUUUUAAUGUCUCAGAAAUGCACUUUAGGGGUACUUCCGUAGACCUAAAAGGGAUGAAGAGGGAAACAUUCCAGAGUAGAAGCAUUUGAAGUGAGGCAGGAUUGCUUCCAAUUUGGGACUACAAACCUGUAUCAUCCAUUUUAAUGUGGACUAUUAAAAUUGUUACACUGUAAGACUUAA